AUGUCUUGCCGUGCUGCUCACCAGACCGAUGACUGGCACCAAAUCACAGACCGCGCCGAGCGCCACAGGACACAGAACCGCCUUGCUCAGCGUCAAUACCGCAAGAAACUCAAGGAGAGACUCGAGAAAGCUGAGGGCAUCAUCGCAUCUAUAUCACGCUCGAGCAAUGAUCUCCAGCCUGUGAAGCCCCACGCUCCGCCCGAUCCGUCCUUUCCCAAAGGCUGUGUCGAGACCGACAUAGCAGAUCUGCAUCGCGACCGAGGUAGCCGGCCGCAAGACAGCAGCGUCGCGCCGGCGCAGCAGCAGUGUAAAGAAGAACCUCCAGACGCUCUGCUGCCAGCUGCACACUCGCUGUUUCCAACAUCUGGUGGGCUCGCAGGAAGCACGGCGCAGAACACCAGUCUUUCUCUUCCACAACACUAUCCUUCAACAGCCGUUGCGGUCGGCUUGGCCACACCGCUCGCUGUCGAGUACCUUCCGUCGAACAUAUGCUACACCAACGAUGGCAGCAGUCCGUUCAACCAAGGCUACCUAGCCAUGAACGGACCAUACGAGAGCGAAGACGAAGAGAAUGGGCCCGUACAGCCGCGCGAAGAAGUCGCCGUACUGCCCAUGCACCUGCUCGAAAUGGAACUUGCGCAGGAGCAGCGGAGCAUAGAGGUUGAGCUGCGUUGA